AUGAUUCGAGAAUCCCAAAUGGUUGUCAUCAACAACGUUUUCUCCUUCUUCCAGACGAUAAAAGAUCAAGUUCGUCCAAAAGUUUGUUCAUAAUGUGAUUUUUCAAAGUUUAGGAAGAUUGCUGGGAAUUUCUUCACAAGAACUUGACGCCUGGAACAACUUUGAUACUGCAUCCGACAAUUGACGAGGCGACCUCGCAUUUGAAUUUGUCUUUCGACCCAUUCGAAUGGAUCGAGUUGGUGAGUACAAGUUUCGCUCUGAUGAUUAGAAAAUUCAAUGGAAUUUGUCAAAAGUUUAUUUGGUUACUACAGUGAUGUUUGUGGAGUUGCGUUCACUUGAAAGUUUGCUGAAAUAAAUUUACACCUUCUCGCGAAAAAAAUAAACAGAGGACAAGGUUUAAUAAUGGUUAUUAUUUGAACCUUUUGAACUUUUAAUGUCUGAGAAUUUCCCAACACUCUUGAUAUGUUAGAAAUUUUUAGAAUUUGUUGCCGAAGAUCAAUGAGCUCUAUUUAAUUCCGCAACUUUUCCUCAAAUUUUCGAUUUUAUUCAUUCAAAUAUACAUAGGUCCACCUAUUUUAUAGACUUUCCAACCAUUUCCAGUGCGACACCAGCAAAGAAUGCAACGAUUUCGCCGGCGACGAUGAAGAAAUGUUCGACGAUGCCGCCGCUAUGUACAAGUACAUCGUUAGAGGGUCGUCGUGA